GCCCAGACCCGGCGCGGAAGUUGGCGGCGUCCGCGCCCCCGCCGGUCGAGGCCCGCGGCCAUGUCCUCAGGGGGCGCCGGGUCCGGCGGGCAGGAGGGGGCCGCGCGUGCGGCGGCCGCGCUCUGCGGUCUGUACCACGAGGCCGGGCAGCGGCUGAGGCUCCUGCAGGACCAGCUGGCCGCCCGGGACGCCCUUAUUGAGCGCCUCCGCGCCCGCCUGGCCGCGUUCGAGGGGGACGCGGCGCCCUCGCUCGUGGACGCGCUGCUGGAGCAGGUGGCGCGCUUCCGGGAGCAGCUCCGGCAGCGGGAGGGCGGCGCCGGUGAGGCGGCGCUGCGCCAGGAAAUUGAGAGACUUUCUGAGCAGUUAGAAGAAAAAGAGAAGGAGACGCAGCAGCUGAUGAGCCAGCCGGCGCACGAGCGAGAGAGGGAAGUGGCACUGCUCCGGAGGAGUGUGGCGGAGAAGGAACGGGCCCGGGCUGCCAGUGACAUCCUGUGCCGCUCCUUGGCUGAUGAGACCCAUCAGCUGCGGAGGACUCUGGCCGCCACUGCCCACAUGUGCCAGCAUCUGGCCAAGUGUCUGGAUGAACGACAGCGCGCUCAGGGGGAUGUGGGGGAGAAGAGUCCGGAGCCAGAGUGUACAGGCGGGGCCGCCUCCGUACAGGCUGUUCUUGAGAAGUUACAGGAAGAAAACCGUCUGUUACGACAAAAGGUGACUCAUGUGGAAGACCUCAACGCCAAGUGGCAGCGCUACGACGCCAGCAGGGACGAGUAUGUGAGGGGGCUCCACGCGCAGCUGCAGGGGCUGCGGGCCCCCCCCGAGCCUGAGAGGCCCUCCUGCCCCGAGAUGAUGAGGAAGGAGAUUUCCAGGCUCAACAGGCAGCUGGAGGAAAAGAUGGGCGCGUGUGCGGACGUGAGGCGGGAGCUGGUGGCCGUGAGGGGCGCCCGCGACGCGGCGCUGGAGCGCGUGCAGAUGCUGGAGCAGCAGAUUCUCGCUUACAAGGAUGACUUCACCUCAGAAAGGGCAGACCGAGAACGGGCCCAGAGUAGGAUUCAGGAGCUCGAGGAAGAGGUGGCUUCCUUGCGGCAGCAGGCGUCCUGGACACAGGACCGCCGUGAGCCAGGCUCCUGCCGGAUUCACACAGGAAACAGAACCUCCAAGUACUUAGAGAUGGAUGCUUUGGAGCUCGUGGCACCCAGUGGCCGGAGGGCGGGGACUGGAUCUCAGGGGCUGGACUCCCCCGCCGAGGGCAGAGCGACCCGGAGAGGGCAGGGGGACCUUCAGUGCCCUCACUGCCUGCGGUGCUUCGGUGACGAGCAAGGCGAGGAGCUCUUCAGGCAUGUGGCUGAGUGCUGCCAGUGAGACCCGUGGCCGGGAGAGGGAGAGAGCCCUCGAGAUCUGGGGCCCAGAACGGGCUGAGGGUGCUUCGGAUCCUUCACCUUGGUCCUUCUCGGGCGAUGGAACAGACCAGGUCAGAGGGAACCUCCCGUGGGGCAUCUGCUCCUGGAAGGGAGUGUGGACCCCCAGCUGCCAGGCUGAGAGGCUGGGAGCAACCGGAUGCAGGGAUCCAGGCCAACAGGACCGCCCCCCCACGCCCCCGCCCCUGGGCGCGCCACAGCUGCUGGGAAGAGGGGGCUGCCUGUGGGGACCACACGUGUGGGCCCCGGGGUGAAAGGCCUGCCUUGUUCUGUUGAAUAAGGACCGGGAGGUAUGCAGAACUGAGCGCUCUGGCAGCACCUCGCACCUGGGGGCCGGUCUCUGCCACCGCAGAGCCGUGUAUCUGCACUGAAAUGUACCCCAGUAGCCUUUGCCAUGUAUCUGAGAGUCAAGAGACGUUUCGCAUGCACUUAUUUUCAUAAUAAAUGUACUUACUCUGGUGA